AAAAACCGGUCCGAUUUAGUUCAACCCACAGUUUCUAUCGCGCUCCCUAUCUCUCGCUUUCUCUCUCCAAUUUUCAAAUGUACGGAGGCUCAUCAAAGCUCGGCCGUGGCGCCGGCGCCGGCGGCGUGGGCCGAGGAGCCGGAGCCAAGCGGCUUUCCUCCUCUUAUCCUCUACCGCCGACUCACAGGCCCACCGGCGGCCCACCCAACUCCAGCCGCCUCUCCCUCGGCGGCCGCGGCUCUGGCUCCGCCUCCAAUCACCCUCGCAGCCGCAGCGGAGCCGGCUCCUCCGUCGCCGCGCCUAUGACGGAGGAGAAUUUCAGCCUCGUCUCCGGAAACAACCCUCUGGCCUUCGGCAUGAUCAUUCGGCUCGUGCCGGACUUGGUCGAGGAGAUCAGGCGCGUGGAGGCACAGGGCGGCACGGCGCGCGUCAAAUUCGAUGCCAAUGCUAAUAACUCUGCUGGGAAUGUUAUUGAUGUGGGCGGGAAGCAGUUUAGAUUUACAUGGUCACGGGACGGAGACCUCUGUGACAUAUAUGAGGAACGCCAAAGUGGUGAAGAUGGAAAUGGUUUGCUUGUUGAAUCUGGGUGUGCCUGGCGAAAGCUGAAUGUGCAACGUGUCUUGGAUGAAUCAACUAAGAACCAUGUUAAGAAGAUGUCAGAGGAAGCAGAACGCAAGCUUAAAUCACGCAAAGCUAUUGUCUUAGAACAUGGGAACCCAUCUAUGAAGAGUCAAUUAAAGGCAUUAGCUGCUGUUGAGGCUAAUCCAUGGAAGCAUUUCAAACAAAAGAAAGAACCUCCAUUUAAAAAGCGCAAAGUUGAACCACCUCAAGCUAGUGUCCCCCCUAAAUCUGUCCAUAAAUCUGGAUUAUCCUCAACAGCCAUUGCAAAGGGCAGACAUUCAUCUUCACCUCGUCCGUCUCCACCGGAGCAAUCUGUUCUUCCUGUGUCUCCAUUGAGGAAUGUGAAUAUGCCUAAGCAUCAAGCUGUAGAAGACCUUUUGCCCAAUAAGGUGAUGAAUAAAGAAAAUGCUGCUGAUAGCUCUGAGAAAGAAAUCCCGACCAGGACUACUAUUGCUGUACAGGAAACAUCGGGACGCAAAAGAAAUGUUGGAGCUAAACCAGUGGAUUUGCAAAGCAUGUUGAUUACUUUGCUCAUGGAGAAUCCAAAGGGGAUGAGCUUGAAGGCCUUGGAGAAAGCUAUUGGAGAUACAAUUCCCAACUCUGUUAAGAAGAUUGAACCCAUUAUAAAAAAAAUUGCCACUUUUCAAGCUCCAGGGAGAUAUUUCUUGAAACCCGGAGUGGAUCUGGAAAACAUCAAAAAACCAUUGUCUGAAAGUGGAAGUUCUCCAGAGGACAACCGUCAGCUGACGCCUGCUGCUGAAGACAAACAUGGUCAGAUACCUGCUGCAGAACCAGGCUUUGAAGAGAAAGUCCCUACUGAUGAAUUGGAGGAACCAGCACACUUGAACUCUAAACUUGGAGAAGAAUCAAAUGCAUUAGAAAAAAUUGAUAUCCAACAGCAUUCACCUGAUCUGUUUCGUGAAAAAAAGAGCUCUGAUAAUAGUGAAGGGCAGGCAGGCAGCUCCAGUGAUAGUGGAAGUGACAGUGAUAGUGAAAGCGACAGCAGUGAUAGUGCAAGUGACAGUGGAAGUCAUAGUAGAAGCAGAAGCAGAAGUAGAAGCCCAGUGGGAAGUGGGAGUGGAAGUAGCAGUGACAGUGAAAGUGACGCAUCUUCCAACAGCAAGGAAGCUUCUGAUGUGGAUGUGGAUAUAAUGACAAGUGAUGAUGACAAAGAACCCCAGCGUAAAGUGCAACCCUCUGAACCUGGGUUCUCUUUGCCCAAUCCGUGGAUAGCUCCUGAUGGCAAGCCCAUGCAGAGUGGGAUUGGUGAGAAGCAAGAUGGUGGAGGAUCUGAUGCAAUUGAGAUUGAAAAAGACUCCCCUGAUGAUGAACGGGAAACUGAAAUAGCUGCAGUUUCUAGCUUGGUUCCUGACAAAGAGAGCAAAAACCAUGUAGAAGAAACUAAACCUUUUUCACCUGUUCAAGAUGAUCUCCUAGAGCGGCAACAUUAUAUAGGAAGUUUGUUUGAUGAAAGGGUAAAUACAGUUAAUGACAGCCUCAGACAUGAACAGUCUGACAGCUCUGAGAGGACAUUUAAAGGAAAAUCCAGAAAGAGUUCUGAUGUGAAGAAAGAUGAGAAAUUCGACCGCUCAAAAAGGAUAAAAACAGAUGCUCAACCUCCUAUGUCUGGGGUUUGGAAUAAUCAAUUCUCAGAGGGCUCUCACAAUUUGUCCCCUGAUAGACUUGUUGGAAACCCUUCAAAGGGCCCUACCAUUCAAACAAAUAGAACUGAUAGGGAUGGUAAUACUGAUAUUGGCUUACAAAAGGGAUACAACCAGGCAUUUCCUGGAAAAUUCAGUUCAGAUAUCCAGCAAUCUGGUCGAAGGUCCUUUGAUCAAAGCACAAGGGUAAAGGCUCCUGAUGCAGUAGAGAGACAUGACAAACGUGCUGAGAGCUUGGGACGUGGCUGUAAAUACUCUGAAAAGAACUCUCAUGCACAUGAAAGUUUUUCCUUGCAAAAAGAUAAAUUUAACAGAGAUACUCAGAAUGAAGAUGGUUAUGCCAAUGAGAAAAAGGGUUCAAAAAAUUUGAAGGAAGUUGGUGCUGGUGGCAAACAAUCAGUGCCAUUUGGCUCACGUCACAGGAAGCACGGUGAAGUUGGUAAGUCCAAGGAAGGCGGACAGGUUUCAAGUCACCUCAUUGGAUCUUCACCAAAGGAUAACGUCAGGGCUGGAGUGGAAGUAUCCCCUGUGGUUAAUGGGAAAGGCAGUAUGCUUCAAAGAGAGCUUUCAGACUUGGAGUUGGGCGAACUCCGUGAGCCCUUGCCUGAGGAAACACCGGUUAAAAAGCAAUUUGAAAAAAGUUCAUUCAAACAGUCUGAGAACAAACUAUGCUAUUCAGAUAACUGGAAUUCAGAUUCAAUUAAAGGAAAACCUGUUGGAAAGACAACUUUAGAACCAGGAAAGCCAUCCCCGCCAAACCUAAAUGCUGGGCUCCAUAGCAAUCUAGAGGGUUCAAAUAAAAAGAGGAAUGUAGAAGAUCAUGCUGAAGAUCUAACAAGGUCUCACCACAGGGUUGUGCAAUCUCAUCCACAAUACCUUUCAAAAGUUGAUCAUGCUGAAGAUGGGUCCCAGUAUAACAAAUUGGCAGAUGGGAGUAAUAAAUCUAGACAGAAUGAGGGUAACAUUAGCCAAGGGAUUGGUCUGGAAGGCUAUAGUGAAAGCAAUAAGAAAGCACUUGUAAGUGCUCUCCAACAGCAUGACACUAAACAAGGACUAGUUUCUCAUUCCAUAAAAGAAACAAAAAAACAAACAUCAAAUACAAUAGUAGAGUUGAAUGAUGGAAGAAAGGAUUCAAUUUGGGCUGAGGGAAAUAAUAGUGAUCGGAAGAGGAGGGAUUCUUCUUCAGAUGAAAAUAGUUGUUCUUAUUCCAAGUAUGAAAAGGAUGAGCCAGAGCUGAAGGGACCAAUAAAAGAUCUCUCUCAGCAUAAAGAAUAUGUGCAGGAGUAUCGUGAUAAGUAUGAUAGUUAUUGUUCCUUGAACAAGAUUCUUGAGAGUUACAGGAAUGAGUUCCAAAAACUGGGAGAGGACCUUGAAGUUGCUAAAGGAAGGGGGGAUAAGGAGAGAUAUUUCGACAUCUUGGGGCAGUUGAAGGAAUCCUUUCAGCAAUGUGGAACGAGACAUAAGAGGCUGAAAAAAAUAUUUGUGGUCCUUCAUAAAGAGUUGAAGCACCUUAAGCAAAGGAUUAAAGACUUUGCACUCUCAUAUGCAAAAGAAGAUUGAGAACAAAAAUCUAAUGCACCCUUUUA